AUGUUUACAGCCUUCAUUGGAGAUUAUAUCUCCACCAGACUGGGUCGCCGAUGGUGCAUCAUCAUAGCAAAUGUUAUCAUUGCAAUCGGGUCAUUGGUCAAUACUUUCGCUACUUCCGUGGGGAUGUGGUGCAGUGGCCGUGUUAUUAUGGGAGCAGGAGUUGGUAUCGUGAAGGUCGCGGCCCCCGUUUUGAUUCAGGAAAUUGCCCAUCCCCGACUUCGACCUAUUCUUGGCUCCUGUUACCAAACCUUUGCCUAUAUCGGCAGCCUUUUUGCUGCUCUAAUGACAUUUGUUGGCCUGUAUGUGCCUGGCGACUGGGGAUGGCGGUUCCCUUCCCUGCUUCAGGUCAUCGGGCCCUUUGUCGUCAUCAUUGUUGCAGCGUAUUGCCCGGAGUCCCCACGCUGGCUCAUCAGGAAUGGCCACAGAGAGCAGGCUCACAAUGUUCUUGCCAAGCUUCAUGCCAACGGUGAUGAGAAUGACCCCCUUGUCCAACUAGAGAUGAGCGAGAUAAGUCAUGCACUUGAGCGUGAACUCAUCCAGAAUAAAGCAAGCUUCGUCGAUUUUGUACGAACACCAGGAAACAGGAGGCGUUUGGUAGCACUUCUGGCUUUGGCUUGCUCCUUGAACUGGAUGGGGAAUGGAAUCAUUAGCUAUUUCCUUUCACCCAUCCUCAAGUCUGUUGGUAUUACUGCGCCUGUUCAGAUCACACUCAUCAACGCAGGACUGGCGCUUUGGAACUUGAUCCUUGCAGGUAUCGCUGCUGUGUAUUGCGACAAAGCUGGUCGACGGCCUCUGUUCCUCGGGUCUGUCGCAGGAAUGUUCUGCUCUUACAUUAUCGUUAUGGGCUUAUCCGCCGGCUUUGCAAAUACCAAGCAAGCGUCAAUGGGUAUUGCCGUUAUACCUUUCCUGUUCAUCUAUUUUGGAUUCUACGAUAUGGCAUUCACUCCGCUUCCAGUGGCAUACACGGUUGAAAUCUUACCCUUCGGCAUUCGAUCCAAGGGAAUGGCCCUAUUUACAAGUACCGCCACUCUAGCGAAUGCUUUCAACCAAUUUGUUAAUCCGAUCGCACUCAAAGCCAUAGCAUGGCGCUACUACGCGGUAUAUGUUGGGAUUUUGGCGUUUUACUUUGGCCUUAUUUUCUUCCUAUUUCCCGAGACCAAGAGACUGUCUGCCGAGGACGCUUCAAGGAUGUUUGAUUACGAUAGAAAAGGGUUGAAGCUUGGAAAGUCCGAGCAUGAUUCUGAGCAAAGAAAUGCAGAUUCCGAUACCGAGAAAGGAUUGGACUCCGUUGAGAACAAGCACAAGGAGUAG